AUUAUUCGACUUGGGGAGUUACCCGCUCUGCUAGGUAGUGACCGUACCGCGCCGAGUUGUCGACUUGCUCCAGUUACUUGUAUCGGAAAAAAGUAGGGUCUACGUAUAGGUAUUCUAUACCGACCUGUAUGCCCUUUACCCCAAAUGAGACCCCUGUCUGCUUGCACCGCCUGUCGUGACCGCCGCAAGCGAUGCGACCGCCCGCGCUUAGGGACCAGCUGCACGUUCUGCAUCCGACGAGGGCUCGAGUGCACCGUCGAGCAACAUCCGUCUCCUGCCCGGGAGGAUGGGUACGAGCCUCUGGUGAGCUCCCGUGGAGACGGAGCUGCUCCCAUCUCGCCAGCGGCUCUCAUGCCGGAUUGGGAGCUGUGCAAUGAGCUUGUCGACUUAUACUUCCGGUACAUUCACGUCGCGUUCCACAACCUGUUCCACAGGCCAUCCUUCGAGGCCGGCGUUCUGGACGGGACGAUCCCCAAGAUUCUAGUCUUUGGCAUCUUUGGCCUCUCCGCUCGCUUCUCUUCGCAUCCUUACUUUGUGGAUAUUGAUCCCCAGGAACGGGGCCGUCCUUACGCCAAAGAAGCCGAGCGGCUGCUUGACCUGCACAAGACGUGCUUGACAACAAUCCAAGCAUGCGUCCUGUUGGGGGCUAUCCAGGUUGUCGAGAUGGACUCGGCCACCGAAUCGAUCUUCUACACCAUUGCUUGCCGGCUGGCCAUGAUACUGGAUCUCCCAAAUGCACCAGCUAAGACGCAGACCGAGCAAGAGGUGAACCUCAGAGUAUGGUGGUCCGUCGUGGCAACGGACACGUGGUCAUCCACGGCCUUGGCUCUCCCACGGGCGAUCCAACCGCGCUAUGACAUCGACAUGCCCAUGGACGAGCGCGUGUUCCUAAAGUUGUCGCCAACUGAACCGCCAGUCUAUCGCCAGCACGGCCCAGACCAAUCCAAAUCCCUAAUUGCUCAGAUGAUCAAGCUCAACGGAAUCCUGUACGACAUCAACACCUUCAACACGAAAGCCACCACCGAAGUAUUGCAGGAAGAUCGCGUACUGGACUCGGUGGCGGAACUCUCCGCGGCGCUGGAAGCGUGGCAGUCAGAGUUGCCAGCUGACAUGCAGUACAAUGCCAAUAAUCUUCAGUACUGGGCCGACCUCGGCUGCGGCCCAUCCUUCGUCGUGCUGCACAUCAACUUCAACCACGCAAGCCAGCUGCUGUUCUACCGCUUCCUGCACAACAGUCUACACCAUCCCGCCUCACCCGUGGCCGUCGAUAGUGCCACUUUCGACUACGCAGCAAAGUGCCGAUCCCACGCCGCCAACCUCUGCGAGAUCAUCUACGCCUCCUCCCUCCACGCCACCACCACCGAGGUGCAGUACCCCUUAGCCGGACACAUGCUAGUGAUCGCAUCGACAGUGCACCUGCACACGCUGCUCUUCGGCACCGACGACGCCGAGAUUGCGCGCGCCCGGGCCCGCCUCGAGCACAACUUCCAGAUCAUCAGCCGGCUGCAGCGCUACUGGCCCAGCCUGCAGGCUUCGUUCAGUAGGCUCCGCGCGUUUCACGCCGCGUGCAUGGACGUGGAUAAACAUGAGGGCACUGAUGUGACGUUUCGGUUGGACCGCUGGAUGCUGAGGUUUCUGCUGGACUUUGCGAAGCCCGUGGAUGUGGCGGAGAGGUACCGCGAGGGAGCGGAUAAUCCUGCCCUUUGGUUGCGGCUAGGGGAGACGGAAGGGUGGAAAGGGGGCUCGACGGAACCGGGACCGCCCUGACAUAUGCUGAAAGUAUGCAACCGUGGUGGCUGGGAUUUGAAUGGGUCCCGUAGGAUGGGAUAUGGUGAUGGAUUGCGAAAAUGGUAGAAAAUGAAGAUGACACGUUCCGGACGCGACGCCUAAGGUAAGGUAUGGACGCCGAAUCGAGCACUAGUACUAAAAGGUUGCGCCGGGACUGGGUUAUAACAGCCGUGGGCGAGCUUGGUUGGCUUUACAUCGCAAGCAUCUCAUGGAUCACAUUCGGGUGUGUACCUAGUAUGAACGCUGUAAGGAC